CGAAAAAACCUCAGCAUCUGGGAGAGUUCCCCUCCCGGCUCGCGUUUCCCUCUGGAGGGCGCAUCGGACGCGGAUAUCGGAGCGAACGCGCAGCUCUCCUACAAACUCAGCCCCAACGAGCAUUUCGCUCUGGAAGUGAAAUCUAAAGACGAAAAGAAAACAUCUGUAGCUCUGGUAUUAACGAAGGCUCUGGACCGGGAGGCGGUGGCUGAGCACCGUUUGCUGCUGACGGCGAGUGAUGGGGGCAGACCGUCGCUAUCGGGCACGAUGGAGCUCGUGAUCUCCGUGCUGGAUGUGAAUGACAACGCGCCCGAGUUCAACCAGUCGGUCUACAAUGUGAAAGUUCCCGAAAAUGUGACCGUAGGGACGCUACUUCUCCGGCUAACAGCGACGGACAAUGACGAAGGAAUGAAUAAGGAAAUAAGUUACGGCUUUUCCCAGUCUAUAUCGGACCACGUGAAAGAUUUGUUCAUGAUGGACCCGAAAUCAGGAGAAUUAAGAAUCAUAGGCAGGCUGGAUUUCGAGGAUGUACAGUCAUAUGACCUGGAAAUAGAGGCAAGUGAUAAGGGAAACGCUCUGCUAACAGGUUACUGCAGCGUGGAGUUGGAGGUGUUUGACGUGAACGACAACGCGCCGGAGGUGUGGGUGACGUCGCUGUCGGUGCCGGUGGCCGAGGACGCGCCACUGGGGACGGUGGUGGCGCUGCUGAGCGUGUCGGACCGUGACUCGGGGUCGAACGGGCGCGUGCGGUGCGCGGUGUGGCCGUCGUCGCCGUUCGGUCUGGUGUCGACGUUCGAGGGCUCGUACUCGCUGGUGCUGCGUGAGGCGCUGGACCGGGAGCGUGUGUCGGAGUACGAGGUGGAGGUGCGUGCGGAGGACGGCGGGACGCCGCCGCUGCGCGCCCGGCGCGCCCUGCGGGUGCCGGUGUCAGACGUGAACGACAACGCGCCGGCGUUCGCGCAGGCCGUGUACACGGUGCUGGCGCGGGAGAACAACGCGGCGGGCGCGGAGCUGGCGCGCGUGUGGGCGCGGGACCCGGACGAGGCGGGCAACGGGCGCGUGAGCUACUCGUUGUGGGAGGGCGCGUCGGCGUCGGGGUCGCGCUCGGCGUCGAGCUACGUGUCGGUGGACGCGGAGAGCGGGCGUGUGUGGGCGCUGCAGCCCUUGGACUACGAGGAGCUGCAGGUGCUGCAGUUCGAGGUGCGCGCGGUGGACGCGGGGGAGCCGUCGCUGAGCGGCAACGCCACGGUGCAGCUCUUCGUGGUGGACGAGAACGACAACGCUCCGUCGCUGCUGCCGCCUGCGGGGGGCGGCGCGGGCCCCUGGGCUGGCGGCGCGGGAGAGUCGUCGUCAUCUUCGUCGGGGUGGUCGUUGUGGGCGUGGGCGUCGUGGGGUUCUCCUGCGGGGCAGGUGGUGGCGAAGAUCCGUGCGGUGGACGCGGACUCGGGCUACAACGCGUGGCUGCGCUACGAGCUGCAGGAGGCGCGGGGCAAGGGCGCGUUCCGCGUGGGUCUGUACAGCGGCGAGGUGAGCACGGCGCGGGCGCUGGAGGAGGCGGACGGGCCGCGGCAGACGCUGCUCAUCGUGGCGAGUACGAACUGGUGGCUGGUGGUGGCCAUCUGCGCGGUGUCGAGCGUGUUCCUGCUGGCCGUGGUGCUGUACGCGGCGUCGCGGUGGUCGCCGCGGGCGUCCGUGCAGUCGGGGCCCGGUCCGACGACGCUGGUGUGCGCCAGCGAAGUGGGGAGCUGGUCGUACUCGCAGCGCCAGAGCCGGAGCGUGUGCGUGGCGGAGGGCGCGGGCAAGAGCGACCUCAUGGUUUUCAGCCCCAACUUCCCGCCGCCCGCGGGCUCCACACCCAAAGAGACGCCGCAGGAUCCCGCUGCUCUCUUGGACACG